CCCCGUCUCCGACACCUUCCUCGUCCCCGUCUCUCCUUUCCUUCAACCCCUUUCACGCCACCGUCAUGCUUGCUUUCGGCCUCCUCACUGCUGUCCUCGCGGCUGUCGCUUCUGCGCUUCCUGCCGCCAAGCGUGCCCCAGGCGCGUGGUGCAACGGUCUCGGUGGUGGCGCGUUCGACAGCUUGUCCAACUUCACCCUUGCGGCUUACAAUGCGACCGGGAUCAACACAAACACCACCGGUGCACCCUUGGUGCUCGGCUCGGCGGGUGCGAUUUCUGGUGCGGAGUUGAAGGACCUUGCGACUUUCGCGUCAUUCCCCUUCAACCAGUACCCCUCGAUCGCACUUUCCGAGGGUCGCCUCCUCCCAACUGGCCCCGGUACCACGCCAACCGCCCAGAACGGUGUCACCGCCGGCUCUGAGGUUGUCUUCCUCGCGAGCAACAGCGCGCAGCCCAGCCAGGGCGCUCAGAUCUGGUGUGCUGUGGCUGACAUCGACCCGGCCGGCCACGGCACGGGCCACCCCUUCCUCGCCGUGAACAGCGACACGGACUCGUUCUCGCUCUGCCCCAUCAACAGCCGGGUCAGCGUCGUAUACAAUGCGACGACGGGCAGAGGCUACGACUUGGACGCGUGCUACCCUGUCAAGCUCCAGCUCAUCUUCUGAGCUUCGGAGUUGCGGUUCUGACAGCGCGCGGCUAUUGACUGGCAGUGAUCAUCUUCGUCGCGGUCUUAGGACGGGAGUUGGGUCAUCGCCAUCCAUCCGUAAACUGUCGAAAGUCUUUGGUGAACAGGACACGGGACGGACUUCUUACGGACUGUAAAGACGCUCUUACUACACGCUUUCUAUCAGGGACACUUGCUACGUAGAUACAUAUCCAUAGGACCGGCGUGUAUACGCCGUAAUGUCAGGAAUGACCAUUCGUUUAAUCAUGAAA